GUGCGCAUCAUCCCUUCUUAAAUCGUUCGGAAGGAAUCGUUACAAACAGAUUGGAUCAAAGAUUCUUAAUAGAGAUUUCGCUUCUCAAUAUAUUCCUUUCCUCCAUAUCCAUAAUGCAGUGAGUAUAGAACUGUUGCAGAGUAAAAAUGGCGGAAGCAGGUAGCAGUAUUAUGGACGGUCGGUGGUCACUCAAGCGAAUGACUGCUCUUGUUACUGGAGGAACCAGAGGAAUCGGGCAUGCCGUUGUGGAAGAAUUAGCUGGACUAGGGGCGGUCGUGCAUACCUGUUCUCGAAACGAGGUUGAACUCAAUGGGUGCUUGCGUGACUGGGCGGGAAAGGGUUUCCAAGUUACUGGGUCGGUCUGCGAUGCUUCGUCUCGAUCUCAACGAGAGAAACUCAUGGAGACUGUCUCCUCUGUUUUCGGUGGCAAACUGAACAUUCUUAUAAAUAAUGCUGGUAUGAAUAUAAGGAAGCCAACCAUCGAAUACACUACUGAAGAAUAUUCAACUGUGAUGGCUACCAACUUGGAAUCUGCUUACCAUCUAUGCCAACUUGCACAUCCUCUUUUGAAAUCAUCUGAAAUGGGAAGCAUUGUAUUCAUCUCCUCUGUUUGUGGUGUUGUGGCAGUUGGUUCUGGCACUAUUUAUGCAGCAACCAAGGGAGCAAUUAAUCAACUUUCAAAGAACUUGGCAUGUGAAUGGGCAAAAGACAAUAUUAGGAGCAACUCUGUUGCACCUUGGUAUAUCAGAACAUCACUUGUGGAACAUUUGCUCGAGAAUAAAGAGUUUUUGGAAAGGGUAGUCUCUCGAACUCCUCUUCGGCGCCCUGGAGAACCAAAGGAGGUAUCCUCCCUAGUGGCAUUCCUUUGCCUACCUGCAUCCUCAUACAUCACUGGCCAGGUUAUCUCUGUUGAUGGUGGAAUGACGGUUAAUGGUUUCUACCCAACUCAUGAUUAGAGACUACAAUCAGCAAUUUCCCUCCCUCCACCGUGCAAAUCGUUUAAUCUUUUAUCUUUUCCUGCACUGUUAUCCUUGUCCAUGGAAUGAAAACUGAACUACAAAUACACUGCUAUUUCUGUUGCAAAGUAAUACUGUCAUUUUCUAAAAAAAGUAGGUUGUUGGGAGAUGUAACAUGUUUCAACCCCAAAUACUAGAAUGCAGAACUUGUUUGCUUUUUGAAACUUGUACAAACUGGCAGGGCAUGAGAACUUGUUAGUCCAUCA